AUGCUGGAGACCUGUGGCAGUGAGGGGUCUCUGACCCACAUCCUGAGGAACAUGAAGCAGAAGGUUCUCGCCGACUCACUGGAGAGAGAUGAGCAGUACAAUGAAUCCAUAAAAACAGCCCAGAAGGCAUUGAAAACUCAUCUGAUGAAGAAGUCUGAAUACAUAUCUGAAGGUUUAUUAAAGCAGAGACACCGAACCCUCCUCAAUGAGAUCUAUACAGAGCUCUACAUCACAGAGGGGGGAAGUGGGGGGGUCAAUAAUGAACAUGAGGUCAGACAGAUUGAGACAGUAUCCAAGAGUCAAACCGCACAGAAGACUGCAAUCCUCUACAAUGACAUCUUUAAGCCUUUUCCUGGACAAGAGAAACCCAUCAGAACUGUGCUUACGAAGGGCAUCGCUGGCAUUGGGAAAACAGUCUCUGUGCAGAAGUUCAUUCUGGACUGGGCAGAAGGAAAAGCCAAUCAGGACAUUGAUUUCAUCUUCACUCUUCCUUUCCGAGAUCUGAAUUUGCAGAAGGAUAAAGCAUUCAGUCUGAUGCAACUUCUGCAGCACUACUUUCCACAACUGAAAGAGAUCAAAAGUAUUGAAGGUGUUGAAGUCAAAGUUUUGUUUAUCUUUGAUGGUCUGGAUGAGUGUAGACUUCCUCUAGAUUUCCAAAGCAAUAAGAUCUGCUGUGAUAUAACAGAGUCAUCAUCAGUGGAUGUGCUGCUGACCAACCUCAUUAAGGGGACUCUGCUUCCCUCUGCUCUCAUCUGGAUCACCUCCCGACCAGCAGCAGCCAAUCAGAUCCCUUCUGAGUGCGUCCACCAGGUGACAGAGUUACGAGGGUUCAAUGACCCACAGAAGGAGGAGUACUUCAGAAAGAGAAUCAGAGACCAGAACCAGGCCAGCAGAAUUAUCUCACACAUAAAGUCAUCCAGGAGUCUCUACAUCAUGUGUCACAUACCAGUCUUCUGCUGGAUUUCUGCUACUGUUCUGGACACAAUGUUGGGUAAAGUAGGGAGUGGAGGUCUGCCCAAAACACUGACUGAAAUGUACACACACUUCCUGCUCAUUCAGACUAAUGUGAAGAAUGAGAAGUAUCAUGGCACCAAUGAGACAAACCUGAAGAUGUCAGCAUCAGAUACCAGAAUCAUCCUGAAACUGGGGCAGCUGGCAUUUCAACAGCUGGAAAAGGGAAAUCUGAUAUUCUGUGAAGAGGACCUGAGAGAGAGUGGCAUUGAUGUCAGUGAAGCUUCAGUGUACUCUGGGGUGUGCACAGAGAUCUUUAAAGAGGAGUGUGGGUUGAAUCAGGAGAAGGUCUACUGCUUUGUGCAUCUGACCAUUCAGGAGUAUCUGGCUGCCUUGUUUGCGUUUCUUUCAUGUGUAAAUGAGAACAAAAAGGUACUCAGAGCAGUAGAGUCAAAACGUCACAGAUACUCUGUAUAUCGGGAAUGCAGCGAGCCGCUGUCUGAGUUACACAGGAAUGCAAUGGAUCAGGCCUUAGAGAGUAAGAAUGGACACCUGGACCUUUUCCUCCGAUUCCUUCUUGGCCUCUCUCUGGACUCCAUUCAGACUCUCUUAGGAGGACUACUGACACAGACAAGAAGCAGAUCAAAGUGCAUUGAAGAUGCAGUAUGGAACAUAAAGCAGAGGAUGAAAGCGCAAUAUCAGUCACCAGUGAGGACCAUCAAUCUGCUCCACUGUCUCAGUGAACUGAAUGACAACUCUGUAGUGGAGGAAAUCCAGAAUUCCCUGAGAUCAGGAAAUCUUUCAGAUAAACAGCUGGACCUAGAACAGUGUUCAGCUCUGGCCUUUGUGUUACUGAUGUCAGAGGAGAUCCUGGAUGAGUUUGACUUGAAGACCUACCGCCCUUCCUUGAAGUGCGGCAGCACAUCAGCAGAAGGUCAUCAGAGACUGCUACCAGUAGUCAGGAUCUGCAGGAAGGCCAUACUGAGCAGCUGUGACCUCGGAGAGGAGUGCUGUGAAUUUGUGGUCUCAGCUCUCCAGUCAUCAAACUCACCCCUGAGAGAUCUGGACCUCAGCUGCAAUAGACUGGGAGAUUCAGAAGUGAAGCUGAUCUGUGCUGGACUGAUGAGUCCAAACUGUGAACUACAGGGACUGGACCUCAGCUGCAAUAACCUGGGAGAUUUAGGAGUGGAGCUGCUCUGUGCUGGACUGAUGAGUCCAAACUGUAAACUACAGAGACUGGGGUGAGUAGUGCUGUGUACUGUGUGACCUUAACUAAAAAGAAUUAGUGCUUACGGCUAAUUGAAAUGUUCAAAGCUCUUUCUCUCUCAAUUAUUCUUCCUGGUCAAUGUAUAAUUAAUGAUUAGAAAAUGAUACAAUGAAAUGAGUGCUCUGUACCCCUUUUUAUAUUAUAGUAUACAUAGUGCUAAACUAAUGCUAAAUUUGAUUUGAGAGAGAUACAUUUUGUAUUGAAUGAAAUGUUUGUGUUUAAUUUUCUGUAACUAAUCCUGUCCAGUAUAUGAAGGUCAGUGAUGCUCUCUGAGCCUGGAUCAGUCAGCACAGGGACCCCUCAGGUUGUGUUAGCCCCCCUGUUUCAUUCACACCAGAUAAGAUGAGUGCACCAGCAGCCAACCUGGGAACUGUGUCAUCAAGCUCUCUUGGCCUAAUGCACAGGGGCAGUAGCCUAGUAGCAUAGCAUUCUGAAAUAGGCAGGUUUGUGAAAUGGUGUGACUCAAAGCAUCUGAUUUUAAAUGUGAAGAACACAGAAUACAGAAAUUAAUGUUUUUAAGGGCUGAGAGUCAUUGUGGUUAUUUCUGUAGGAAACCCUGAAAGGUGGCAAACUCUCGGUGCUGGAUAGGUAUGGGCAUGCCGCCACACCAUGGCGUAACUUGGCAGGAUGGCAUACCUGCCAUCCCAAUGCAGUUCAGUUGCGUACACACAUCUGGUGGUACUUCAGCUGUUGGCAGGUACAUUAUUACAGGUCUGACCAAUACUGGUCAGGAAGUUAGAUACAACAUUCUUACAUCGACUAGUAUUUUAUUAGCUGGACCGCAACAGCGGGGCCAGCCCUACAAACGCGAAUGUCUGUGACUGAGUGACUGAGUGAUGAAGUUACACUAUUGGUCGGCCGGUCCAGCCACAUACUAGGUUUUGACCUGGUCUUCUUUUAUAUAUCGGUGUACACAUUUAGACAAUAAGUUGCUUAGUUCCUCACUGGCUCCGCUGGCUAGGCUGGUUCAUGGGGUAAGUUAGACUAAGUUUGGUCAGGUUGGCUAGCUAACUAGGGCCUUUUAGCCAAAGCUAAACUUACAGCAGCAGCAGCAAGUGUCAACUUGAGUGUAAUGUUGUUUAAUGAAAAGUGUAAGCAAAUGAUACAAGAAGUCUUAAUAGUUAUCAGAUUUUAUCAAAUAACUGUAUUUUGUAACUGUGUAAUUAUGAACUAAACUAUGGUAACUAAUAGGGAUGAGCAAGUACACCAUUGUCUGUAUCUGUAUCUCUAUCUGUUCAACUACCUAAAUUACCUGUAUCUGUAUCUCUAUCUCUAUCUGUUCAACCAACUAAAU